ACCCAGACCCGCACGCCCUCCCUCUAACUUAUACAUUUUUGCACUUUUUUCUACUCUCCUCGUGCGCUGAAUCCUUCUUCUUCUUCUUCUUUCUCUUUCAAUUCCAUGGCGUCUUCUAGCACUGGAAAUUACAAUAAUAGUGUCUCCGGAUCUUCCCCUUGUGGAGCAUGCAAGUUUCUGAGGCGAAAAUGUGUGGCCGAUUGCAUUUUUGCCCCUUACUUUUGCUCGGAGCAAGGCCCUGCAAGAUUCGCGGCCAUUCACAAGGUGUUCGGCGCUAGCAAUGUUUCCAAGUUGCUUCUCCACGUCCCUGUUCCUGAUCGCUGUGAGGCUGUUGUCACUAUUGCGUAUGAAGCUCAGGCCAGGAUUCGAGAUCCUGUUUAUGGCUGUGUGGCUCAUAUUUUUGCUCUCCAACAACAGGUGGCAUACUUGCAAACACAGCUGAUGCAAGCCAAGGCUCAACUGGCUCAAACCCUAAUCGAUUCAGAAGGAAAUUACAUGGAGAAGAGCUCCAAUCUCCCCACCGGAUCAUUCCCAAAUUUCCCACAGAGCUCUCUGGAAUCGGCUGCCAAUAGCGAUGAGGCAAUAAUGAUGAACAAUUUUCAGGAGGAGAGCCAAAGCAGAUCACCAGAAGAAUUAGCUCAUCAGUUUCAACAAUUUUCUAGAAAAAGAUUAGCUUGUCAUGGUGAUGUGGGGGAGCUCCAAGCUUUGGCCCUUAGAAUGAUGAGAAACUAAAUUCUAUGAAUAAUUUUCCCUUGCUAUGCUAUACCUUCCAAUUUGUCUCUCUAUGAUUAACCAAGAACAGUAAUAAUUCAUUGAGAUUGGACCAUGAUGGAUUGGUUGGUUGCAAGUUGAGGGCAGAAUAGAUAAUUUUGUCUUUGAUGUAACUCGAAAAAAUGGGGAAAAAAAGGGGAAAAAAGUAGCUUUGGGAUGUGGAGUUUAGGGUUGACAUAAAACGGGUGUGGGCGUGGGAUAAAAGUUGAUCCCAAUUAACAUAGGGAUUGGGGGAAAGGGUGAAAAUUGAAUUCCAUGAUUGUAAAUUAUAGACAAAACACACACGAGGUUGCCAUCGAGUGGACCCUUCUUGUUGAGGGUUUUACAAUAUAUAUGAUGGAGUGUAAUAAUUAGGUGCACCUAUACCUUUAUUUUGG